CGCGAUUUCUUUUAUAUCGCUUUGCACCACACUGCAUAGGAAAGCAAAUCAUUUUAACUGAUUGCUUCUCAUGAAAACUAAAAGCGAAGAAUAGCUACACCAUGGUAUCAACAUGGGUUCCUGAUGUUUCUUCCGACACCCCCUUUUCCUUGGCCAAUAUCCCGUUCGGCAUCGUCAGCUCACCCGCUGACCCCGCGCCGCAUGCCGCUAUCGCCAUCGGAACUCAUGUGCUUGACCUAAAAGCCCUAUCGUCUCAUGCAACUUUUGAUGACAUAUUUCCCGCAUUGAAAAAUCAUCCUGGUGUCUUCUCGAAGCCUACGCUAAAUGAGUUCGCGGCGCUAGGUCGGCCAGUCCACCGAGAAGUUCGCAAAACCAUUCAGGAUUUAUUAUCUAGCGAAACAUCGCGACCAGAAGUCUUAAAGGACAAUGCGGAACUUCGCGAGAAGGCGCUGAUUCCUCAGAGGAACGUGAAGACGCACCUGCCCAUGAGCAUAGGGGAUUACACAGAUUUCUAUGCGGGCUUUCACCAUGCCUAUGCUGUCGGAGCCCUGUUUCGCGGUCCACAGAAGGCUCUACAGCCCAACUACACUCAUCUCCCGGUCGGAUAUCAUGGGCGGGCUUCCAGCAUCGUGGUCUCGGGAACACCAAUUAGACGUCCUGUCGGUCAGAUCAUCAUCGACCCCACGGCGGAGCCGAAGCAACCCACCACGGCUCCUAGUAGGCGUCUGGAUAUUGAGUUAGAGCUGGGAUGCUUCAUUUCAACCCCAAAUGAGAUGGGUUCUUCCAUCAAAGUUACAGAUGCCGAAGAUCAUAUAUUCGGAUAUGUGAUACUAAACGACUGGAGCGCGCGCGACAUUCAAACUUGGGAAUACAUUCCAUUGGGGCCUUUCAAUGGGAAAAACUUCGCCACCACCAUUAGCCCGUGGGUCGUUCUAGCAGAUGCCCUUGAUCCGUUUCGAACCAAACCUAUAGACAACUGGACACCGCUGCAGGCGUACUUGAACGAAGGCAAGGAAGAAAAUAUAUUCGAUAUUGAACUACAGGUUGACUUGAUAACUCCACAAGGGGACGCGACGACAAUAUCCACCACAAGUUCCAAGUAUCUCAUGUGGUCAUUUCCGCAAAUGAUCGCGCAUCACACUCUUGGUGGUUGCCCGAUGAGAACAGGAGACAUUCUUGGUACCGGGACCAUAAGCGGGCCCUCGCUAAAUGAAAGGGGAAGUCUCUUGGAAUUAAGUGAAGGGGGGAAGAAAGACAUCAUGCUUUAUGGUAUGGACGUACGCCGUUUUCUCAAGGAUGGCGACACAGUUGUGAUCAGUGGAAUCUGUGGGAAGCCAGGUGAGAGAGUCGGCUUUGGCGAUUGCGUUGGUCGUAUAUUGAGUGCCACACCACCAUUAUGACCUGUGAGUAUCGAAAGUUAUCGCAUAUUUGGUUUACGUGGCUGUAUAUUUCCUUAAUUCGUGUGCACGUUGCGCUUCCUGCCAAGCACUUCAAUCACCUUUACACUGGAUGUCGUAUGAGUUGCGUUUAUCGAACAUAGCAGUAAGCCCCUGGCCCCUAUUUAAGAGUCCGAAUUCGGCUACCCCUAUAAUUGAUCCCAGCACCUUAA